UGUUUUUGCCCCCAGCAGCGGGAGAAGGACGGGUGAAGCGUGAGGAUGGCCCAGCAAGCGGCCGUCGGCCACCAGGACACGCUGGCAGUGCCGCCCAUGCCCAAGCACGUCGGGUUGAACGAGGACCUGGUGAAGAUCCUGAGGGAGAACCUCCUGCAGCAGGAGCGACCCCGAGGGCACCGCCGCUCGCCCUCCUCUAUUUCGCCCCGGCUGUCGCCACGGAACUCCCCCCGUCUCCUCCGACGGAUGCUUCUCAACAACAACAUCCACAAGCAGAGGCGCUUCACCGUGGCACAUACUUGCUUUGAUGUGGACAAUGGCACCUCAUCAGGACGUAGUCCGCUGGAUCCCAUGGCCAGCCCAGGAUCAGGUCUCAUCCUCCAGGCCAACUUUGUGCACAGCCAGAGGAGAGAGUCCUUCCUCUACCGCUCUGACAGCGACUAUGACCUCUCACCAAAGUCUAUGUCCAGAAACUCCUCCAUCGCCAGUGACAUACACGGUGAUGACAUGAUCGUUACCCCUUUUGCACAGGUUCUGGCAAGUUUAAGGACUGUCCGGAAUAAUUUUGCUGCUUUAACAAAUGUACAACAGGAAAGGCCCAAUAACAAGAGAUCCCCCAUGUGUAACCCGCCUCCCAUCACAAAGACCUCCUACACAGAGGAGGCCUCCCAGAAACUGGCCACAGAGACCCUGGAGGAGCUGGACUGGUGCCUCGACCAGCUUGAGACCCUACAAACCAGGCAUUCAGUCAGCGAGAUGGCAUCCAACAAGUUCAAGAGGAUGUUGAACAGAGAAUUGACUCACCUAUCAGAGAUGAGCCGAUCUGGUAACCAGGUGUCUGAGUUCAUCUCAAGUACAUUCUUAGACAAGCAACACGAGGUGGAAAUGCCAUCGCCCCAGUCCCAGAAAGACAAGGAGAAGAAGAAAAGGCCGAUGUCCCAGAUUAGUGGUGUAAAAAAGCUAACGCACAGUUCCAGCCUUACCAACUAUAACAUCCCUCGGUUUGGGGUUAAAACUGAAACAGAAGAUGAGCUAGCCAAGGAGCUUGAAGAUGUAAAUAAAUGGGGCCUUAAUGUCUUCAAAGUGUCAGAAUUUUCUGGGAACAGACCUUUAACGGUUAUGAUGCACACAAUAUUCCAGGAGAGGGACUUGUUAAAGACGUUUAAAAUCCCCCUGGACACGUUUAUCACCUAUCUGAUGACUUUAGAGGACCAUUACCAUGCUGACGUUGCCUAUCACAGCAACAUCCACGCUGCUGAUGUCACACAGUCCACUCACGUCCUGUUAUCAACCCCUGCCCUUGAGGCUGUGUUUACAGACCUUGAAAUUCUCGCUGCCAUAUUUGCCAGUGCGAUACAUGAUGUUGACCAUCCUGGCGUCUCCAACCAGUUUCUCAUUAACACUAACUCUGAGCUGGCCCUCAUGUAUAAUGAUUCGUCUGUGUUGGAGAAUCAUCAUCUGGCUGUGGGUUUUAAACUGCUGCAGGAAGAGAACUGUGACAUCUUCCAGAACCUGACCAAGAAACAGAGACAGUCACUUCGCAAGAUGGUCAUUGACAUUGUUCUGGCCACUGACAUGUCUAAGCACAUGAAUUUGUUGGCAGAUCUGAAAACCAUGGUGGAGACCAAAAAGGUGACCAGUUCUGGGGUAUUACUGCUAGACAACUACUCUGACAGGAUACAGGUCUUGCAGAACAUGGUGCACUGUGCAGACCUCAGUAACCCCACCAAGCCGCUGCAGUUGUACAGGCAGUGGACAGACCGCAUCAUGGAGGAGUUCUUCAGCCAGGGGGACAGAGAGCGGGAGCGCGGCAUGGAGAUCAGCCCCAUGUGUGACAAGCACAACGCAUCAGUCGAGAAGUCCCAGGUGGGCUUCAUCGAUUACAUUGUUCACCCUCUGUGGGAGACAUGGGCUGACCUGGUGCACCCAGACGCGCAGGACAUCUUGGACACACUGGAGGACAACCGAGAGUGGUACCAGAGCACCAUCCCCCAGAGUCCCUCUCCAGUGCUGGACACCAGCAGCGAGGGCCGACGCACCGCCGGCCAGGAGAAGUUCCAGUUUGAACUGACUCUGGAGGAGGACGGAGAAUCGGACACAGAGAAGGACAGCGGCAGCCCUCCUGAUGAAGAAGAGGAGGAAAACAGCUGCAGUGACUCUAAAACCCUUUGCACACAGGACUCCGAAUGUACAGAGAUCCCCCUGGACGAGCAGGUGGGGGACACACAGGACGAGGAGGAGGAAGAGGACGAACAGGAGGAGGAAAGGGAAAUAUCAGAACCCUGUGUUUUGGAGGAGGAGGAGGAGGAGGAGGAGGAGGAGGACACUGCCAGCACAUAACACAGUAUGACACGGCACCUGAACUUUUUUAUAUUAGAGAUGAGAAACACUUAUUUAUGGUUAAGAUACUAGUUUUUUUCAUUGUCUAUUUUACAUAUGUCGUUCAAAAGUGCUUUUUUAAAUGUCCGCCUUUAACCUGAUUUUAUUUUUCAGUCCUCGCUCUUUUUUUGAGUUACAACCAUUUUUACACUCAGGAAUAUCUUUUCCACUCAAACCUGUCAUUCAUACAAACAAACGUAACAAAUGAAAGGUUAAAAAGCUUGACUUUUAUUCCUGAUCGUAAGGUACUUUUAUUUUAUUUUUUUCACUGAAACAGUAUUUCAGAAACAUUGAACUUAGAAAGCAGCUGUUUUUUCACCACAGAGACACUAUUUUUUCCUGUUCAUCUGAAGAAAAGUGGCAAUUCGAAGCAUUUUUGCAGACAAACACUAGGAGUGAAUACUUCAUGCUUUGAACUUCACGUCUUCCUGAUGCCUUGAAUGUGUUAUUAAUCCGGCCGGAUUUAGCUCUCUGUUGUGUUUGUGUAGCAUUCUUUGAAGCGUAUGGACAUGGUACCAAAGUGAAAAGAACUCGCGAGACACCAUUUUCACAGACAAUACACAUUUUCAUUUAAAUUACCAUAUUUGGGGUAAAUAUGGUAGUUUGCACAUCUUUUUAUUAUUUUGUUUUUACCCUUAUUUGUUGCAUCCAAUCCAGAUCUGAAAAUGGUUCAUUUUAAAAAAUAUUCUUAUUUGGUUUUAAACAAUAAGUUCCUCGGCUUAUUAAUAAUACCUAAUUAUGGCCAUGUUUCAAUGUUUUAAAACUGUAUUCCCCCAAGAACAAGAACUCAUAAUUCUGUUAUAAAAUAAUAGCUUGAAUAAGCCUUAAAUGUUUUGUUGCCUACCAAAAAUGUACAAAAACAUACAAGCAAUGGAGUAAAAUGAAUCCUGGUCAUCACUUCAUAGAUAACAAUAUGAAUUAUUAUUGUAAUUAAGUAAUAAUAAUGCUAUUAAUAAUAAUUAUUAUCAUGUUAAUGAUGAAUCCUGGGUAUCCCUUCAUACAUAAUAAUAAUUAUUGUAAUUAUUAUUAAUUUAUUAUAAUGAUUAUUAUUAUUAUGAUGGCCCUCCUCAUUAGUUUCUCAGAAAUGUUUGAUAGCUGUUUGGUGCCAUAUGUCCCUGGCCAGUUAAACAGAAAACAAGUGACAUAAAUGAAGAAGCUCAAUUUACCGGUUUGUGUUUUCACAUGAUCACGGGACAAUCAGCCUCAAUGCAAAGCCUCAUUGUAAGUGUGAAUCUAGUUGCACUAUAAUUUUUUUAUUGUAUUUUUGGUUUUGUUAAUUGUAUUUAUUUUGGACAUUUUCGCCAAACGUUACCAGUCGCAAUGAUUUUAAUUGCUGCUUUACUCAUCUCUGUGACCUGUCCUACUGUACAAACAUCCUCUUCAUUUUAUGUUCAUGCUAGCAUUAUUUAUUAAUGCUCUUUGAUGUGCUUGUAGCAUAUUAAAGUGUUUUAAUCAACUUGUAGCAUCAGCAAUUCAGGCUUACGAGUCAGUUUUCCUUAAUAUAGUUUAACUAUACAUAUGCAGUAGAUAUACUUAAAUGUACAAAAUUAUAUAUAAUAUUGAAGCCUUUUGAAAAGACCCCUUUUUCAUUGCUUGCUUUAUUCUAUGUAAAACUCAUUCUGUUGCCAAGUCUCCAUUCUCUACAUUGUUUCUCAUUUCUCUCGGUUUACAUACAUGUAUUUAUUGUUCUGUAUAGUAUAUAUUGUUGAUCUUAUGUCGUUGUAAGUGAUUAUAUCAUCCCUUUUGGUGAUGGUGUUGUAUUAUGGAACUCUUACUGAGAGAAUGUUUGUUAUUCUUAGUAUGUAAUGAUCCCAUUGAUAUGUGUCUCUAGAGAGAUUGCGUAGAGAAAGGGAAAGCCAAAUUAUAGUCAUUACUGUGUUUACUUUCAUUCUUUCUUUCUUUUUAAAAGAAAGUGGUUCCGUGGCCUGAGGGUUGUGCCUUACAGAUAGCUCUUUAGAUUUUAUCCUCUUGCUGCACUAAAGAAACUACUGGCUGGAAAUUGACCUAGAUGUUUGUCGUGUUCCUCCUGUUUAUGUGGCAUAAAUGCUCCCAGCAUUAAAAAAAAAAAAAAUAGACAAAAGUUGUCAGACCACAUUGGACAGGGUAAAAGCGGGCCAGUGUGAUGGGUUUGGGUUUGCAACCAGCUGUAAGAACCUCCAUCAUAUUUCCGUCUAUGCUGUGUUCAUUUGAGACAUUCAAAGACAUUUGCGUUUCAUGCAAUAUGAGAGAAAACAUCUUUCUGUUUGGGGAUAACAGGGCAUUUUGAUUUCCAGAUCCUUCACAAAAAGCCCAAACGCUCAAUUUGGGACUCAUUUUGACACACAUACUGUAGAUUCUUAUUGACCCUAAAUGGAUGAAAUCAGUGCGUCCUUCUCGUCUCUUUUUAAAUCAUGAGAGAAAUACACAAACAGAAUUUGACAAAUGAUAUUUAGGGAUAACUAUUUUUUUGUUAUGUGACUUGAAUGACAAAACUUGUCUGGAGGUUUCACAAGACCGUGUAGUUGUUUAUUGGACUCCUUGUUUAUCGCAGUCUAUUGGAUAGAACUGUAGAAAUAAAAAUUUACGUAUGAAAACUGGUAAAAUCCAAUAAAAAUGUUUUUUAUAUGCACCAAAAUAAAAGCAUGG